CCCCUUCUGGCGCUGCGAGUAACGGUGGAGUCCGGCGGGUGCCACGGCUUCCAGUACACGAUCUCGCUGUCAGACAAGGUGAAUCCCGCCGAGGAUUCGUUGUUUACCGAUGAGGAGACUGGCGCCAGGGUUGUGCUUGACGAGCCGAGUUUGGAGUUGCUCAAGGGGUCCACGGUGGAUUACACCCAGGAGCUGAUUGGGAGUCAGUUUGUGGUCAAGAACCCGCUUGCCACAAGUAGUUGUGGGUGUGGGACUAGUUUUGAUAUUGCUGGGCUGUAGGAGGAGGUUGGAUGGGGAUAGUGGCUGCAGAGAAGAGAUGGCUGUGGCUUUUUUUUCUGGAGGGUUUUUUUUUUCUUCCACGGUUUUACAUAGACGGCGUUUUCUCUCUCCUUUUGGUCUCGGUCGUCUCUUGGAGGCGGCGUGUACUCUACAGCUUUAUACCGUUUCGAUAGUCGCCAUUUCCAGGGCUGGAGGGAUCUUUGCCGGUGUCGGCGUCGACGGCGGACGUCGAGAUGGCAGUGAUGGUUUGCUCGGUUUCCAACCACUCAUCACAGAUGCUCGUAUCCCCAUCACCAGACUGACUCCAUUCCUUCCCCAUCCGCCCUCCUGUUUCUUGAAACCUCCUCCCUCCGCAGUCUUUCCCCUAGGUACUCUCCAUCAGAACAUCCAGCAACCCAAUCCCAAAUCCUCAGCAAUCGUGACCAAAAGGCCACCAAACGAAAGCCCUCCUCUGUCGAAAAGUAAAGCCCCAGGCCGAAUAAACGAAACGCACGCUAUAUAAACAAAAUCAAGCGAACUCCGAGGAAAAAACAAAACAAACGCAUGCUAAGUAGACGCAAAAAGCAACAGCAAAGAAAUGAAAACCACAAGAAGCCCGAGACCAUAAACAUAUCG